AUGCCUGGCGCAACGCCAUAUAUAGGAAAUGCGACAAGGAUAUGGGAGAUCAAUGUUCACUGGAGCCUGUAUUCUCAGUGUGGAAUAUGGGAUCCUAAGGGUCGCGGCGUAGAUGUUUGGGAAUGCAUUAGAGCUCAUGACUCGACCCAAUUUACCCAGCCACCGAACGGUCUUUACUGGCGCUACAUCGCUCGCCGGUAA